AUGGCUUUCAUCAAGGCUCGAGAUGAGAAGGCAUGGCGUUCUGUUUUAAAUGGCUGGAAACAUCCAAUAACUAAAGAUGCAGAGGGAAAAGAGAUUCUAAAACCCGAAGGCUCCUGGAAUAGUCAUGAAGACAAGUUGGCCAUCUACAACUCUCGUGCUCUCAAUGCAAUAUUUAAUGGAGUUGAUAUCAACCAGUUCAAGAUGAUAUCUACAUCUAAUGAAUCCUUUGCUCUUGGUGAAAAAAUUCCCAAGGUAAAACUUGUCAGCAAGACGUUGAGAUCAUUACCACAGAGAUUUGCCUACAAAGUCAUUGCUAUUGAAGAGGCGAAAAACACUCAGACUAUAAGACUUGAUGAAUUGAUGGGAUCACUGAAGACAUUUGAAAUGAAUCUGAGUCAAAAUAAGAAGGAGAAAGAGAUUUCUCAAGGGAUUGCUUUCCAAGCCGAAGUGAAAGAUAAUGUUGAAGAAGAAGAUGAAGACUUAGAGGAGUCUCUUGCUCGAUUGACUAAAAAUUUCAACAGGUCUGAGUGUGCUAACACUCUCAAGAAGAGGAAGAAGUCUUUCAACGUCACAUGGAGUGAUGAGGAUUCUGAAGGCAACCAGGAAGAUGAUGAUCAUGUGAACAACUAUGUUGCGUUCAAUGUCUUUGAAGAUGUUUCAAACUGCAGUGUUACAAAUCGUGUCACAGCUCAUGUUGUAACAUCAUCUGCAACACACUCUGGAAAACCAGAAGAAAACAGAGAUUUUUCAGAUUCUGGCGGUUCCAGCGAUGGUGAAGAACUGACUGAAGAGACAAUCCAGGAGGCAUAUGAAACUAUGUUCAACAAAUGGGUUUUGGUGGUUAAAAAGAAUAAGUCUUUGCGGGAGCGAGUCGAUGAGCUUAUUAAAGAGAAUGAUGUACUUAAGAGGGCUACUGUAAACUAUGAAUUUCAGGCUGUUGAAAAUGAGAAAAAGUUACAGGAGACAAGAGCUGAAUUAGAGCACACUCAAAAGUCAUUGAAGAUAAUGAAUUCCGGCACCACAAAAUUGGAUCACAUUCUCUCGAUAGGAAAAGCGAGUGGUGAUCGACAUGGCCUUGGCUAUAUUGGUGAGAGCUCAACGUCUAAAAAAGUGUUUGUGAAGAAGACGUCUGCUCCUAAGCCUCCGACUUCCUCCAGUAAAAAGACUAUUAUCUCAUUCCCUCGACAUAAAAAAUUUGUCCCCACAUGCCAUUACUGCAAUUUACCUGGCUACAUAAGCUCGAGCAACUGA